AUGGCUGAUUCGAUCGAUGUACAUCCGUGGGCUGAGGGAGCAGAAGAAUUUAGGGGUCAGCGAUUGCUUCCCCAUGUUAUCGACUAUCAUGCUCACCAUGAUCCGGAUCGCGUAUUUGCCGCAAUUCCAAACACGGAGACCAUCGUCGAUGGUUUCCGCGAUGUCACUAUGAAGACAAUGGCCACUAUGAUCGACCAUAUGGCCUGGUGGCUAGACCGGACGCUUAAGGCCUCAUCAAAGAGCCAAACGCUGGCCUAUAUUGGUGCUAGCGAUCUCCGAUACACAAUUGUGUUUUGCGCGGCUAUCAAGUGUGGAUGGAGAACCUUUUUCAUUUCGACAGAAAACCCUGUCAUCUUGAGUUUGGGGCUCCUGCAACAGGCCGAUGUAUCAGCUUUGCUACAUGCCGAUGCCAUGCGUUCAACGGCAAAAGCAUUGCAAAAGUUCGAUCCGUCAAUGAAAUGUAAACAAGUCCCAUCUAUGGCGGAGCUGCUCAGAUCUGAGUCCGCUCCGUAUAUAUUUGAUGGCAAGUUUGCGUGCUUGAAGGAUCAACAUACUUUGCUAUUGCAUUCAUCUGGUUCCACAGCACCGCCGAAGCUGGUGAUGCUCACUCAUUCGGCGCUUUCUUGUACUGAUAAUGAUCCGCGAGUGCCUGUACCAGAAGGGCGAAAAGCCCAAAACGCUGCGCAAUUCAAUUUCAGUCCUCCAGCAAAAUUUUACGCCGCUUUCUCACCAUACUCUAUGGCUGGUGCUCACUCCUAUAUGCUUCUACCUGCAUUUUCACAGACUGCUGCAGUAGUAUUGGGUCCUUCCAACAUGCUACCGAGUGGUGAUCUCCUGAGCAGUGUGAUGAAACAGCAGGACAUUCGGGCCAUUUACCUUCCCCCAUCCAUUAUUGAGCAGUGGGCUAAAUAUUCAACUGCAUAUGAGCAAGCAAAGAAUCUUGACUUCAUUUUGUACGGUGGAGGUCCACUUGCGACAGCAGUUGGCGAUAAACUCAACAAAAUUACGGAUGUUUGCCAGACGUUUGGCUCACUGGACAUGGGCCACAUACAAAUGCUCGUGCCCCAGCCUGGAGACUGGGCGUACAUCGAGCCCAACCCAAUCGAAGAAUGCGAUAUGCAAGAGGUAGAUGAGGGUGUAUUUGAGAUGGUUUUGCAUUGUGACGAGAAGUUCCGAGGGCAACGGUCUCUGGAACAUAAUUACCCAGAUGUCACGGAAUGGCGGACCAAGGAUCUAUUCGUUCCUCACCCAGAAAAGCCUGGUCUGUGGCGCUUUCACUCACACACAAACGAUAUUAUCGUUCUCGCUAGCGGUGAUAAAGUAUGGCCCAUCCCCAUGGAGUCUACCUUGGUUGGAAAUCCCAACAUAAAUGGGGCUUUGAUGGUAGGCAAUCACCGGGCUGAAGUACUACUACUUGUCGAGCCAAAUCCAGGGCCCCAGGUGGACCGGAUGAGCAAGAAGGAGUUUCUGGACUCUAUCUGGCCAACUAUCGCUUUGGCCAAUGCAUCUGCGCCUGAUUACGGCAAAAUUCGGCGAUCGCGGAUUCUCCUCAGCCAGCCAAAUCUACCAUUCUUCAAGACUUCUAGGGGGACGAUUGCUCGCAAGCCAACAGAGUCUUUAUAUGCUGAGUGUAUUUCUGCGGCCUUUAUGGACGGAACUACCGAUGAGGAGAGUGAAAUUGGAAUUCUCGAGAGACAUUGGGUGGAUGAAGCCAAGAGGUUUAUUGGCUCUAUUCUUCAUGAUAUUCGCCCGGAUGUCCAGUUGAAAGAAACUGAUGAUUUCUUUGUGGCCAAGGCUAUGGACUCUCUCACUGUGCUGGAACUCGGUCAAAAGUUGAGACUGAGCCUUUCAAGUCGCAUUGACAAAGAGCAAAAUACGAUUAACUUUUGGGUACGCACAAUCUUUGGGAAUCCAACUAUCGACAGCCUCGCUAAAGCUACACUGGACGCUUUCUAUGUCCACGGGGGCUCGGUUUCAGACUCGCGAGCGUCGUCAAAGAACGUAGAAUUCCUCCUGGAAGAGAUGAUAUCCCAGCUGCCUGAGCCGACCAGCAAAGAGCCGUGCCUGCCUUUCCCCACAAAAGAAAUCAAGAUUGUCCUAAUUGGCUCACGUGGACGUGUUGCGCCAUUCCUUGUGAAAGACUUGCUUGAUAACCCUCGGGUAUCUGUCAUCAAAUGUCUCGAUCACUCAGCCCAAGCGGACAGCGAGACAUCGCCGUUCCGUACAGAUGAUAUGGGUCUCGAUGUCAACUCCAGUGAUCCGCGGUUACAGUUCUUCACCGUUGAAUUCUCUCAGCCAAACUUAAACCUCUCACAUAAGGAGCUGGAUGAGAUCUUCAGCGACGUCGACGUCAUCAUUCACAACAUGUGGACGUUAAACUUCUCCAUAUCCCUGAUAUCCUUCAAGCCAGUCAUGCUGCAAGGACUGCUGUCAGUCAUUGAUAUCGCGAACUGCGCCCCAUCUCAGCCACGCCUUGUUUUCAUUUCAAGCAUUACCACUAUUGAUUCAUGGGCUCAAGCAGUAUCUCCCAAUGUCCCAGUUCCGGAGGAGGUAGUCAAUUGUGCUGCUGCUGCAAAGUGGAAUGGCUAUUCCCAGUCUAAGCACAUUGCAGAGAGACUCCUCGCCGCUGCGGGUGCCAAACUCCAAAUCCCAAUCUCCAUCAUCAGAAUCGGCACGGUUGCAGGUCCUUCCAAGAUAACAGAAGAAGUCAAGUGGAAAAGCUGUGAUUGGAUGCACUCGAUUGCUAUUCUUUCUAAGGCAUGUGGCCUUAUCCCCGUGCAUACUGAUUCCAUCGAUUGGAUUCAUGUGGAUCAAGCAUCGCGAGUUAUUGAGGAAAUAUCGCUGCAAGAAAAGCACGAUUACCCAACUGGAACACCCAAUGUGCAGCUAUACAAUUUGAUACACCCACAGCCUCUUGAUUGGUCCGCUUUUUCAAACGCACUCCAAGGCUGUAUAUCUUCAUCGCAGCAAGUCGGUUUCCAGGAGUGGGUUGACCAUCUAGGAAGCCUUCUUCCAAACAAUCUAAGCAAAGAGGCAGAGGAUGAAAAGAUUCGUAUCUUACCAUUCUUCAAGUCUGUUGCGCAGAGGAACUUGGCGAAGUGUGACUUGCGCAAGAGCAAAGCUGCUAGCCCAACUAUGGCAGCGAUGGAACCGCUUGAUGAGCAGCUGUUGAUUCAAUGGUGUCAGGAUUGGACAGCAUAG